CAAUUAUCCUAUAGAGAUAAACUUUAAUGUAUAGUAUAAACUUUAUAUGAAAUGGAAAACCUGAAGGAAAACGAACAGGAAUCCGACGCUCCAAACGACGAUCACACUCAGGCUCCAGACUAUCCAUUGGUAAUCAAUGACAAAAUCGCAUCUGGAGAACUUGAUCCAAAGGUUGUGGCCUCAUUAGAGCUUCAGAAACUGGUGGAUGGUUGUAGAGUUCCUCUUGGACAGGAUACUGUCGAAGCUGCAGUAACAGAAGAAGACCAUCAGAAAACAAAAGUGGAUGCAUGGAUGCAAAGACCUGCGCGGGUCCAGAUUGAGGAAUACACAGCUAGCAUGUACGUACAGGGUAGUGAGAAUUAUAACAUUUGGUACAAUAAAUGGGCUGGUGAUCGCAAUGAAUAUGUUAAUGGAAGGCCAACACUUACACCUGCAUCGUACAAAUGCGACCCAGAGAAUGAUUGCGGAUAUACCAGGGCUACAAACGUUCAUUCCGUGGAUGCGUCUGGUACACAGUACAUUUGUCUAUUCUUUGCUAAAGGUUGUUGUACUCAGGGGAAGAAUUGUGCCUUUUUGCAUCGCUUGCCAGAAAUGCAGGACGAGUAUAUGCUUGAUCCAUCUGUUGAUAUUUUUGGAAGAGAAAGGCACGCAAGACAUAGAGAUGAUAUGAGUGGUGUAGGAUCAUUUAAUGAGGAUUGCAAAACAUUAUUUGUAGGAGAUGUACAUGUUGAUACCACAGAAGCAAACCCUGUCGAAAGUUUAAAGGCAACACUUCUACAUGAAUUUAGCAAAUUUGGUCCUGUUACGGAAAUGAACGUUGUUCCCACAAAAGGAGUUGCCUUCAUAUCCUUCCCUUCUAGAGUAUUUGCAGAGUUUGCCAAGGUGGCAAUGGCAAGUCAGCCAUUAGAACGAUAUUCCACAGCACUAAAUGUUAAAUGGGCACACGAAAUGAAAAAACAGACUGGUAGCAAACGAGCUGCAUUUCAGGCACUUGUCGCAAAGCAUGAAGAGCAACUAAAGAGAUUUCAAGAACUAAUGCAAGAUUCUUGUGCAAUGGAUUUAAAAAGAGAAAAGAAGAUGGAAGAAGAACGCAGAGUGAAGAGAGAAAAACGAAUGGAACAGGUUUUGAAAAAUGUAGAGGGUCUCAAGGAUGAUGAAUUUGACGUUAAGAUUUGAGGUCGACACCAGAUAUCUCACUCUGCACUGGUAACAAUAGGGGUGCGCAUCGACACGACCGGU